AUGAGUACACGGCUAGUGAAACCAGCAAGAGUCCAUGCUUGGACGCUUGCCGACAGCUACAGCUUCAUCGCAACGUUUCUGCGUAGGCAACACACCGAUGCUAUCUUGAGUAGCGGACCGCACCAUCAAACACAGCAGCCCCCGAGUCCUGGCAAAACAACGGGCAAGUCGCCAGCUCGGCGAUAUUUCCAUGAUUACUUUGUGACACACCUGCCGGUAUCCUCUCUCCAUCCCGACUCUCGCCUUUCAGAGCCUCUCCACCACCUACCUCGCUCGGAGUCCAUCCCCCACGUCUCCUCUUCGAAAGGCGCAUCUCCGGCCUCCGUAUUAUCACCCGUAGGUGUAUCGCGCGAAACAACAGUCGUACGUAUUCCGUUACGAAGCGCCAAGCACCAUUUUGGUGUAUCCGUCUCUCGUGGCUCUCGUCCAAGAAAUGAAGAUACGUACCAGGCUGGCGUUAUUGAACUGCCCGCCUUUGCCAAACGGCCACCACUUUCCCUAACUAUCGGUCGGCGAGCCGAGGAUAGAUCAUCUGCGGACUUUCCCGGAGAAAAUCGUGUUGCUGACAAUGCUAUCGGGGAUCCACAGGUGUUUUAUUUCGGUGUUUUCGAUGGACAUGGGGGAACUGUAUGCAGCGAAUUUCUAAGGGACAAACUACAUGGCUAUGUUCAGGAGACAGCGAUGACCUUUGAGCUUGGCUCUAGUAUCAGGAAGAGUACGCAGAAAUCAACUUUGCCCCAAAGGCCUGUACGUGACAGAGAUGCUUUUCGAGAAAGCCUCCAAGCAUAUAGAAAUGGGCCAUAUGAUGGAAACCCUUCCUUUUCCCCGUCAAAUGAAGGCCAUGGCGGAAAAACUUUAUCCGGCGACCUUCCAAUUCUCCAGCCCGGAAAUAGACAGAAGAUCGGCGAGCUUGAAAAAUCGCUAGUUAGCGAUUGGAGAAAUUUGGUUGGUGGUUAUUUCAGACGCUUCAAACCAGCGCAUUUUUGUUAUUCUGGGGAGAAUGACCUCCACACAGACGGAUUCGGACCCGGUUCUCACAACACUGGCCUGGAUAUGAAUAUGGGAGUUCCAAUCGAAGAAGUCCUAGAAUAUGCUUUCUUGAGGGCAGAUUACGACUUCAUUAGUGCACAAGCCUCCAAACAAGACAGUGAUUCCGUUAGUGCUGAACGGCCCUUGAAUGAACUCGACAUCCUCCAUAAUCCAAGCCGAUUGAGGCCUACGACCGUGGGGGGAGCCACCCGCUUCAAGGGCGGAAGCACUUGCAGUAUUGCGAUGAUCUCAACCCCUACGCCGGCCCCUUUUUGGCAUCCUUCGGCGCCCUCGUCGUUAGUGGUUUCACACGUCGGCGACACUCGAGUGUUACUGUGCUCUACAGCCUCGGGAAUUGCUAUCCCUCUGACUACUGAUCAUCACCCCUCCUCUCCCGUCGAAAGCAACAGAUUGAGACGCUAUGCCACAUCACUAGUUACUGACUCUUUUGGAGAAGAACGGAUUAGCGGGUUGGCAAAUAGUCGGGCAUUCGGGGAUAUUCAAUCAAAACGGAUCGGGAUUUCAGCAGAACCAGAAAUCAGGCGUGUUGAAAUGGGACCUGCCGAGUAUUCCUUUCUAGUUUUGAUGUCUGAUGGGGUGAGCGGCACCCUCUCGGAUCAAGAAAUUGUCGACAUAGUCAAAGAAGCGAAAACACCAGAUGCAGGCGCCCGUGAUGUUGUCAACCUUGCAACCGAGGUGUCGAAAGAUGGCGACAAUGCAACUUGCCUGGUGGUUCGACUGGGCGGUUGGGAAAGACGCCUUGAAGGAGGAUUGGGCAGUAUGGGGACCAAAGAGUCCAGAGAUUGGCGGAGACAGGAGGCUAGUGACCCGCGAGGGCGACGAACAUGA